AUGAAAGACAGCAAAGGCUGGGAUGGAAAGCUACGGGUCGAACCGAGAGCUACGAUAACAAACCCAGAAGCUCUGGAAGAUCCAGAAUACUCUGAUUCGGACGCGCCGCCUGUGGAGGAAAUUAAUGCUGAUGAGGAUCUACUCGAAAAUGAGGACGUCGAUGUUGAGGAUAUCGAUCUCGUACACUGCCGGAUAGGUUCGACAGCGGCUCUGAAACUGGAAAGGUUUACAAAACUUCAGAGAUUAUGCCUUCGACAGAACCAAAUAACGCGAAUCGAACUACCGUCGAGCCUCGGCGCCUCGUUGACCGAGCUGGAUCUUUAUGACAACCUUAUAUCACAUCUAAAGGGACUGGAUGACUUUGCUGGGCUAACGAGUCUUGAUCUGAGCUUUAACAAACUCAAGCACAUCAAGAACAUCUCGCACCUCGUCAAGCUGAAGGACCUUUACUUCGUGCAAAAUAAGAUAUCGAAGAUUGAAGGAGUAGAGGGGCUGACGGAGCUGAGAAACCUUGAGCUGGGGGCUAACAGAAUUCGGGUGAGUAUGGAAAUGUAUAGACGGAGGGUAUGUCUGACUGGUCUCCAGGAAAUCGAGAACCUCGAGACCCUGCAAGCUCUGGAGGAGCUCUGGCUUGGAAAGAACAAAAUCACAGAGAUGAAGAACCUCGAUGCGCUGCAGAACCUCAAGAUCCUUUCUAUCCAGUCAAAUCGACUCACAACUCUCAACGGUCUUUCGUCGCUCAAGAACCUGGAGGAGCUAUACGUUGCCCACAACGCCAUCACAGACCUCAGCGGCUUGGAAUCAAACACCAACCUUCGCGUUCUAGAAUUCUCGAAUAACCAGGUCUCGAAACUCGAGCACUUGUCCCACCUGAAGAACCUGGAGGAACUCUGGGCGUCAAAUAACCAACUGUCGAGCUUUGACGAGGUCGAGCGCGAGCUGAAGGAUAAAGAAAACCUGAAGACGGUCUAUUUUGAAGGAAACCCGCUGCAGACUAAGGGGCCCGUGGUAUAUCGCAAUAAGGUGCGAUUAGCGAUUCCGCAUAUUAUGCAGAUUGAUGCCACGUAUGUAAGAGUCUAA